AUGAAAAAAGACGAAGAACAGAAGAAGAAGAAGAAGAAGAAGAAGCAAACUCAUUGCUCGUGGCAGAGCAAUGAGUUUGUGGAGGAAGAAAUGGAAACGGGAGAGGAGAGGGGGGAGGGGAGAGGGGUGGAAUGGCAGUUAGGUGAGGCGGUGAAGGGGCAUUACAACGCCAAUGGAAGAUCCAUUGAGUGCAGGAGCUCUGCAAGACUCGCCAGCUACAGUUCCUUCGUGGUUGAAUUCGGCAGGUUAUUGGGUGUGGAGGUUGAUGCCUGGAAUCCCCGAGCUUGCCGUCUCAGCAUCUGCUCAGGGGGGGAAUCCCGUUACGACACGGUACAAUGCCAACCUAGAGUGACAUAUUCCCUCUCAUUCUCUCUCAAGGCACAAGCACAGGUUGUCUUGACACACGAUGUACCCCAGCAGUACAGUAUGACGCAUCAAGAAAUCCAUCACGUUGCGCCUAGGAAGCGCUCGACUCCCGACUGGGAAAGCAUCCGGCCCUUGCGCGAUCGAAAUGACGAACAUGACGAACAACAAGGCAGCAGAUAA